CGCAUCCAGCCAUGGCGGACAGAUACUCCUUCUCCCUCACAACCUUCUCGCCCAGCGGCAAGCUGGUGCAAAUCGAGUAUGCUCUGAAUGCCGUCAACCAGGGCAUCACUGCGCUGGGUAUCAAAGCUACGAACGGCAUCGUCCUCGCUACCGAAAAGAAGUCCUCGUCUCCCCUCGCCGACCAGAGCAGCCUGUCCAAGAUCAGCCACAUCACCCCCAACAUCGGCACCGUCUACUCCGGCAUGGGACCCGACUACAGAGUGCUUGUCGACAGAGCGCGCAAGGUCUCCCACACAGGCUACAAGCGCAUCUACAACGAAUACCCUCCCACCAGAAUACUCGUGCAGGACGUGGCCAGAGUCAUGCAGGAGGCCACCCAGUCGGCUGGUGUCCGGCCAUACGGCGUCAGCAUGCUGAUUGCUGGCUGGGACGAGGGCAUCGACCCUGAGGAGGACGAGACUGAGGGAGGACCCAUGCUGUACCAGGUCGACCCGACAGGCAGCUAUUUCCCGUGGAAGGCCACGGCCAUUGGCAAGAGCGCAACCAAGGCAAAGACCUUCCUGGAGAAGAGAUACUCGGAGGAGCUCGAGCUGGAGGAUGCCAUCCACAUUGCUCUGCUGACGCUCAAGGACAACAUUGAGGGCGAGAUGAAUGGUGACUCGAUCGAGAUUGGCAUUGUUGGCCCCCCAGCUGACCACCUACUGGGCGUCGAGGGAGUCGAGGGUGCCACGGGCCCCCGGUUUAGAAAGUUGACUCCUCAGGAGAUUGAGGAUUACCUGUCAAGUCUAUAA